AUGUCGCCCGAGUGUUUAACAGAUGCAGAAAAGGCUACCGCUGCCAAGUUCUAUCGGGAAGCUGUGAAAUGGUCUGUACGCCGCGCGCACCACGAUGGCAUGCCACGAGGCGGGUGGGUGGUGCACCUGAGUACGUUUGAGUGCUCAUGUCUUUUCUAUAAAAAGUUCCUGUCUUGUGCCCACAUAAUCUGUGGACGUGCGGCUUACGGACUCAGCGUGCCUGGAGUUAAUGGGUACAAUUUAAGGAUACGCGUUUGCGCCAGAAGCGUCCACAAGUGA